AUGUUGUUUGGCAAGCUAUGUCAGGCAGUCUUGCUGUCUGCUGCGGCAGUCCAGACUGCCGCCCUGGCAGUCGGCGGCAAGCCUAAUAUGCUCAUCAAGCCCUACAAAAGGAAUGAGCCUUUGCAAGAUAUCGUGACGUGGGACGAACACUCGCUUUUUGUCCAUGGCAAGCGUGUCUUGUUCUACUCGGGAGAGUUCCAUCCAUUCCGCCUACCGGUUCCAGGUCUGUGGCUAGACGUCUUCCAAAAGAUCCGAGCUCUCGGCUACAAUGGUGUCUCCGUCUACUGGGAUUGGGCACUACUUGAAGGCAAGCAAGGUGACUUCUCAGCUGAAGGAGUCUUUGCUUUGGAGCCCUUCUUUGCUGCUGCACAACAGGCUGGCAUCUACGUUCUUGCCCGACCAGGACCAUAUAUCAAUGCUGAGGUAGCAGGUGGAGGCUUUCCAGGCUGGCUAGCACGUAGCCCGGCAAAGCUCAGGACAAGAGAUCCGCGAUUCCUCGAAGCCACCGACAAUUAUGUUGCGAGCAUGUCGAGAAUCAUUUCGAGGGCGCAGAUCACCAACGGUGGGCCUGUCAUCUUGCUUCAGCCUGAGAAUGAGUACUCGCAGGCUGUGGAAGAUACGCCCGAGUUUCCUGACUCUGUAUAUUGGCAGUACAUCGAGGAUCAAUACAGAAAAAAUGGCAUCGUUGUACCGAUGAUCAGCAACGAUGCGUACCCACACGGCUACUUCGCACCCGGCCCUCCCCCUCUCUACAAUGCUACCAUCGACAUUUACGGACACGACAAUUAUCCCCUUGGCUUUGACUGCGCCAACCCGGAAGUCUGGCCCGAUAACGCCUUGCCUAGACAAUGGGGCGACUUGCAUCGCAACCAGAGCCCAAGUACACCGUAUUCAGUCAUUGAGUUCCAAGGCGGUGCCUUUGAUCCAUGGGGUGGCCUUGGGUUUGCACAAUGUGCCGAACUCGUCAACUCCGCAUACCAGAGAGUGUUCUACAAGAACAUGUACAGUUUCGGAGUCACCAUAUUCAAUAUUUACAUGACUUACGGCGGAACGAACUGGGGCAAUCUAGGCCAUCCCGGUGGCUAUACUUCCUACGACUACGGUGCCGUCAUCACCGAGGAGCGACUGGUAUCGAGGGAGAAAUACUCUCAGGCCAAGCUUCAAGCAAGUUUCCUCUCCGCCUCGCCGGCAUAUUUGACGGCUGUGGCUCAGGACAAUGAUUAUGCGAACGGUUCCUACACUGGGAAUGGCGACAUCGCUACAACGGCUUUGCUGGGUGACAAAACGAACUUCUAUGUUGUCAGACAUGCCUCUUAUAACACCAAUGAGUCAACAUCCUACAGCAUCACGCUUCCAACGAGUCAAGGCAACAUUACGAUUCCUCAACUGGACGGACAGCUGACAUUGAAUGGCCGGGACUCCAAGGUCUAUGUCACCGACUACGACGUUGGUGGACGCAACUUGCUUUACUCCACUGCCGAAAUUUUCACCUGGAAGGCGUACGGCAACCAGCGCGUUCUGGUGGUCUACACCGGGCCCAACGAGCUCAAUGAGCUAGCCUUCUCGGAUUGUGGGCAUGCGAGAUUGGUUGAAGGACCUGACGUGACAAUUCAGAACAAGAAUGGUGCGACUGUCCUGAGCUUCCAGACCAACCCCGAAAAGCGUGUUGUCAAUUUCGGUCGUGGCCUGACGCUUUACAUUCUCGACCGCAACAGCGCCUACAACUACUGGGUGGCGGACUCAGGUCCUACUCCCGACCCAUCUGCGCCUAUCAUUGAAGCUGGAUAUCUGAUUCGUAACGCGACUGUCGAAGGCGAUGCACUCCAUCUGGUCGGCGAUCUCAACACUACUACUCCCAUCAAAGUGAUCGGUGGCGCUCCGCGAGCACUUUCGAAGUUGACUUUCAACGGCAAGGAGAUCAACUUCAAGCAAUCCCGUGCUGGCGUUGUGUCUGCAACAGCCGAGUAUGAGAAGCCGAGCUAUACAGUACCUGACUUGGCUACUGCAGACUGGAAAGUACUCGACACGCUACCAGAAGUCCAAGAAAGCUAUGACGAUAGCCAGUGGCUAAAUGCAGACCUGACAUACAGCAACAACACUAAUCGAAAUCUUACGACUCCGACAUCGUUGUACGCGAGUGACUACGGGUACCACACUGGCACCUUGAUCUUCCGAGCACACUUUACUGCAUCAGGAAAUGAGUCUACUGUCUUCCUGUGGACUCAAGGUGGUUCCGCUUUCGGCCACUCUGUGUGGCUCGAUGGCACUUUCGUGGGUUCUUUCGUCGGCGCAGAUCUAUACAGCAAUACCAACGCCACAUACAACUUGCCUGCCACGACAGCUGGAAAAGACACCGUGUUGACGAUACUUCUGGACAACCAAGGGCUUGACCAGAAUGGUGAGGCUGGAGCGACGACCAUGAAGAGGCCUCGAGGAGUCCUGGACUUUGCUCUUGCUGGCCACCAGAAGUCUGACGUGAAAUGGAAAGUUCAAGGAAACCUUGGUGGCGAGUCGUACAGAGAUCGUGCACGUGGGCCUCGCAACGAAGGCGGACUUUACGCUGAACGACAAGGCUACCACCUUCCAGGCGCACCAAUCGACAGCUGGAAGUCAAGUGGCGGCCCAGCUGAAGGUCUCUCAGCCCCAGGUGUCGCGUUCUACGCCACAAACUUUGAUCUGGACUUCCCUGUCGGUUACGACAUUCCUCUCGCCUUCUCCUUCAACAAUGCUACUUCCAACGGAACCUCUGGAUCGGGCAAUCAGACUACUGUGGCAUACCGUGCUCAAAUUUACGUUAAUGGCUAUCAGUUCGGCAAGUACGUGCAUAACAUUGGCCCUCAAGAUGUCUUCCCGGUGCCGGAAGGUAUCUUCAACCACCGUGGCAGUAACUAUGUGGCGGUGAGCCUCUGGGCGCUCGACCAGGGUGGUGCCAAGAUUGAUGGACUCAGGCUUGUUGCAGGACCUGAGAUUCAGACUGGAUAUGGCUCUGUUGAGGCAAGUCCGCAACCGGGCUGGGAGGAGCGCGAAGGGGCGUAUUGAGAUACCUCUUUGCUGACAGAGGGUACUUGAGCAAUCGUGUCUCCGGUAGUACUUGCUGCGCGCUCGCGCCUCUUUCCCAGGCUCAGAGGCGGAGAAU